AUGUCGGACGGUAAGUCUGCCCUCGAAUCAACUGCCGACCUCCCACUGACUCCCUCAGCCGACUUCGAUACAGUUCGGCGCCUGCAGGCCGAGCGCAACUCUCAAUCUGCUGGCAAGAAAGGUUCAAAGACCUUUGACCCCUCCAGCCAGCGCGCUGACUCUUCCACCAAGGCCUCCUUCACUGAGUCCUUCGACACACAGCUUUACGACCGAAAUGGGUCGGACAAAUUUGCCGGCUAUCAUACCUCCUUACCGACUGAUGACGAUGACGAAGAAAUGCCCGACGCUGGUGAUAGCAGGAGGCUCAUUGGACAAUACACUGCUACAAAGGACCAGAUGAACGAGUUCUCGCGAGGGAAUGGAGUGGAGGAAGAAGAUAUUCUACUUGGGCGUGAGAAAUCUGCCAGAAUAGCAGAUCGUGAGACUGAUUACCAGAAGCGAAGAUUCGAUCGAGGUCCACUCACUCCGACACGAGCCGAUCCUUUUGCUGCGAAUAAACAUGCCGGAGUCAGUGAAGGUUCUACCUAUCGUGAAGUCAUGCAGCUCCAGGACCUUGAGCGCGAAGAGGAGCGAGUAAAUAAACUUAUUGCUGAGAAGCAGACGGACAGCGACGCGGUCGAAGAACAUAAGCCAUCUCUGAAGGAAGAAGCCAACAAAGAGAACGCAGACGCAGGGUCGACUGUGGAAGCGACGGGGCGAAAACGGAAAAAAAGGUGGGAUGUUUCGAGUGAAGCCACUCCAGCUUCUGGUGGUGCUGAAGAAAAGAAGCGUUCGAGAUGGGACCAGGCUCCAGGCCCGGAAGAAGGUUCGGCGUCGACAAAGCGAUCAAGAUGGGACCAGGCCCCUGCCCUAGGUUCAGCGACUCCAGCCGGCAGUGCGGGACUUGCCACACCCAUGCAUCCCACCCAGUCAGGAUUCGGUACUGACAUCACAGGCCGGAGCACAGUUUGGUCUGACGAAGAUCUCGAUCUGAUGCUUCCUACCGAGGGCUACACAGUCUUAGAACCACCCCCUGGAUACGCACGCGUCCGAAUAGCCACCCGAAAAAACGUGGCGACCCCUGCAGCAGUCAGUAGCUCUACUGGGAUCGGCGGUUUCAUGAUGCAGGAACCAGAAAAUCCAAGAAUGAUGGGCAAGCAGCUUCCUACUGAUAUUCCUGGCGUGGGCGAUCUGCAGUUCUUCAAAACCGAGGAUAUGGCUUAUUUUGGAAAACUUGUGGAUGGUGCCGACGAGAACGCAAUGUCCGUUGAAGAAUUAAAGGAGCGCAAGAUCAUGCGAUUACUUCUCAAGGUUAAAAACGGCACUCCACCCAUGCGUAAGACUGCGCUACGACAAUUAACGGACAAUGCUCGCCAAUUUGGAGCCGGACCCUUGUUUAAUCAAAUCCUUCCAUUGCUAAUGGAGAAGACACUUGAGGAUCAAGAGCGGCAUCUUCUUGUAAAAGUCAUCGAUCGUGUUCUUUACAAGCUUGAUGAUCUGAUUCGGCCAUACGUCCAUAAGAUCCUGGUUGUUAUCGAACCCCUACUUAUUGAUCAAGAUUACUAUGCUCGUGUCGAAGGCCGAGAAAUCAUUUCGAAUCUCAGCAAGGCUGCUGGAUUAGCGCACAUGAUCAGUACUAUGAGGCCAGAUAUUGAUCAUGUCGACGAGUACGUGCGAAAUACAACCGCCCGUGCUUUUGCCGUAGUAGCGUCAGCUCUGGGCAUCCCUGCACUUCUUCCUUUUCUGCGAGCAGUCUGUCGAAGCAAGAAGUCCUGGCAAGCUCGGCACACCGGAGUGAAAAUCGUGCAACAAAUCCCGAUUCUCAUGGGUUGUGCAGUGUUACCACAUCUCAAGGGUCUUGUGGAUUGUAUUGCCGAUAACCUCAGCGACGAACAAGCCAAGGUAAGAACGGUCACGUCUCUUGCCAUUGCUGCACUCGCAGAAGCUGCCAAUCCCUAUGGUAUUGAGAGCUUCGAUGAUAUCCUCAACCCUCUUUGGACUGGGGCUCGAAAGCAGCGUGGCAAAGGACUUGCAGGCUUUCUCAAGGCAGUUGGAUAUAUCAUUCCUCUUAUGGACGAAGAAUAUGCCAAUUACUACACCAGUCAAAUUAUGGAAAUUCUCCUGCGAGAGUUUGCAUCUCCUGACGAAGAGAUGAAGAAAGUCGUCUUGAAGGUCAUUUCCCAAUGUGCGAGCACCGAUGGCGUGACAGCCGGUUAUCUCAAGGAGCAUGUCCUACAUGAAUUUUUCAAAAGCUUUUGGGUCAGAAGGAUGGCGCUUGACAAGAGGAAUUAUCGACAAGUUGUGGAAACAACUGUAGAUUUGGGCCAAAAAGUCGGCGUCAGUGAGAUUGUUGAGCGAAUAGUCAAUAACCUCAAAGACGAGAGUGAAGCAUAUCGCAAGAUGACGGUGGAGACCAUUGAAAAAGUCAUUGCGUCCCUAGGCGCCGCAGACAUUGGUGAACGACUGGAAGAGCGGCUUGUUGACGGUAUUCUACAUGCAUUCCAAGAACAAAGCAUUGAGGACAUUGUCAUGCUUAAUGGCUUCGGUACAGUCGUUAAUGCACUUGGAACUCGAUGCAAGCCUUACCUACCUCAGAUUGUCAGCACGAUCCUUUGGCGGUUGAACAAUAAAUCCGCCACCGUCCGUCAACAAGCCGCCGACUUGAUUUCUCGAAUAGCAAUGGUGAUGAAACAGUGCGGCGAAGACGCGCUCAUGGGAAAGCUGGGUGUGGUGUUGUAUGAGUAUUUGGGAGAAGAAUACCCUGAAGUCCUCGGUUCCAUACUCGGUGCCCUUCGUUCCAUCGUUACUGUGGUCGGCAUAAACCAAAUGCAACCUCCGAUCAAGGAUCUCCUGCCGCGCCUUACACCCAUUCUACGAAAUCGGCACGAAAAGGUACAAGAGAACACUAUCGAUUUGGUCGGCCGCAUUGCCGAUCGCGGACCAGAAUCAGUGAACGCACGCGAAUGGAUGCGUAUUUGCUUUGAGCUUCUAGAUAUGCUCAAAGCUCAUAAGAAGGGUAUCCGGCGAGCGGCAAACAAUACCUUCGGGUUUAUCGCCAAGGCAAUUGGUCCACAAGAUGUUCUAGCCACACUGCUGAACAAUCUUCGAGUGCAGGAACGACAGUCUCGUGUCUGCACGGCUGUUGCGAUUGGCAUAGUGGCUGAAACCUGUGCGCCAUUUACCGUCUUACCCGCACUGAUGAAUGAAUAUCGUGUUCCUGAGCUGAAUGUGCAAAAUGGUGUGCUGAAAUCGCUGUCAUUCCUCUUCGAGUAUAUCGGCGAAAUGGCGAAAGACUACGUCUACGCAGUAACGCCAUUGCUUGAGGACGCACUCAUAGACCGCGACCAGGUGCACCGCCAGACAGCAGCAAGUGUUGUGAAGCAUGUGGCCCUGGGUGUCGUUGGCCUUGGUUGUGAAGAUGCAAUGGUUCAUCUUCUCAACUUGCUUUAUCCCAAUCUCUUUGAGACCAGCCCCCACGUGAUCGACCGAAUCAUUGAGGCGAUCGAAGCCAUCAGAAUGGCAGUGGGAACUGGUAUCGUUAUGAACUACGUCUGGGCGGGGCUAUUCCAUCCGGCUAGAAAGGUCCGUACACCGUAUUGGAGACUUUACAAUGACGCAUAUGUGCAUUCAGCCGAUUCAAUGGUGCCAUAUUAUCCCAACAUGAAGGACGAAGGUUUACCGAGGGAUGAGCUAUUUAUUGUGCUGUGA